UGUCCUUUUUCUUAGUGUUUUGAUUUUAAAUACAGACAAGAAACAGAAUUCUCUGAGUUUCUUCUUCUUCUUCUUUGCGAUGGUUAACCCACAAAGGUUUGUUCUAGUCGUCACCAUUAUUGGACUCUUAGGUCAUGACCUCACAUGUGUUCUGUCUAGCCCACACCGUAUUCUAUUGGACACAGAUGUCGACACAGACGACUUCAUCGCUCUGUUGUACCUCUUGAAGCUCAAUAAAACAGAAUUCGAUCUAGUCGUGAGCCUUAGCACAUCACUUCGCCGUCAUUCUUACACUCUAUUCUUGAACGUUUCUUUAAUUCUGUUAAUGCUCUGUUUUUUGAAACAGGGGAUUACAUUAAGUGCCAACGCUUGGACAAACGCAGGACAUGGAGUGAAUCAUAUAUACGACAUUCUUUACAUGAUGGGUCGUGACGAUAUCCCCGUUGGUAUUGGAGGUGAAGGUGGGAUUCUCGAUGAUGGUACUAUUCUUCCUGACGUCGGUGGUUAUCUUCCGAUCAUCGAGCAGGGGAUGACAACAGCAGGAGGAUGCAGAUACAGACAAUCCAUUCCAAAAGGUCAUAAAGGCCUACUCGACGUUGACUCCAAUUAUGGAUUUCGUAAACAUUUUCUUCCUCUGGGGAACAGAAGAUACACUCCUCUCGAGCAACCAACGGCACAAAAAGUAAUCUUCGACAAAGUUUCUCAAGGUCCAAUAAGCAUCUUCGUGAUCGGUUCUCACACCAAUCUCGCUCUCUUCAUGAUGUCAACUCCUUACCUCAAACAUAACAUCCAACACAUUUACGUUAUGGGUGGUAGUGUACGCUGUCCAAACCCCACCGGAUUCUGUGGGAACUUGUUCACAGAUUUCACAAGUAAUCCUUACGCUGAAUUCAACAUCUUCACUGAUCCUUUCGCUGCUUACCAGGUUUUAAGAUCAGUCAAAGAUAUUAUAGUAAUGCAUGUGUUUUGUGUUUCUUCAAUGUUGUUUAAUGUCAUGUGUUAUGUGUUCAUUACAGGUGUUUCAUUCAGGUGUUCCGAUUACUAUGGUUCCUUUAGAUGCGACCAAUACAAUACCAAUUAA